CCUCGCCCUUCUUCCCUCUCCCACCUUCUCUUCCCCUCCAACACCGUCGUCUUCCCCUGCGGAUUGGUUUCCGGGAUGAGUGACGAUUCAGGUGUCUUGUUUGUGGGCUCUCGCCCCCGAAAGAGAACUCACCGCGAGAUAUCCGAAGUUUCUUCAGGACGUCCAUCCGGAGAACCAUCUUCAUCAUCCCUUUCCGCAACACCGGGGCCUUCGUUGCCACCGCUUCGGCGCUACCCCGGGGACGGCCUCGACCUCCGCCGACCGGCCACAACCCAGCCGUCUGAAGAUGUGAUAGACCUGACCGAUGAGCCCGAUACACCCUAUCAAAAUUCGUCCUUGCAAGAGUCCCGUACGACCAACGAAGCUUCUCGGCCGCGUCCUCCCCGAUUUCCCAGGGACAUCCUUACGGAAGUGGUUGAUUUAGAGGAAGAGGUGGACGAUAAUGACCAGCAACAACCCCCCAGCAGCCCCGAAGUCGAGUUCAUCGGAGCCACUGUGAGGCGGCCACAGUUGCCGCCGCCGCCACAACCACCACCUCCGCCUCCGCCGCGCAGCAAUGAAGGUUUCUAUAUGCCCAGCUUGUGGCAGCAGAUGCUACAGUUUCGGUCCCCGAGACCACCUGUACGGGUUGGAGACCAUGGCAGACCGGACCUAGCGUUUCGAGGAUUUCGGAGACAUCCUCCUAUAAGUGAUGUGGAGUCAUUCUGGAUCGGAGAUGGCCCGGCGGGCGCUAUAGAUCUAACGAUCAAUUUGGAUGUGGAUGGCCCGUUAGGAUUAGACUAUCAACUCACGGGCCUGACACGACAAAGGACACCUGCAAACGCCUACAAACCUCCAAGUCCGCCACCGGAGGGGUUCACCCGAAAUGUUGCAGAAGACGAUGUGGUUGUAUGCCCGAAUUGUGAUAUGGAACUGGGCACUGGUGACGAAACCAAACAGCAGAUAUGGGUGGUCAAGCAAUGUGGACAUGUGUAUUGUGGCGACUGUGCCUCGAACCGAUCGUUGUCGAAGGCGAAAAAGAACGCUUCUAAAGCUAAGCCUUUCUCUAAAUGCCAGGUAUUCGGUUGCGGGAAGCCCGUUAGUUCGCCCAAGUCAAUGUUCCAGAUUUAUCUAUAAUGAUGCUGCAUACCAUCUCUGGCGUUUGCACAAUAAUAGCAUGUGAUGAUGGUGGCGCAUGGGCGGGGCUUCUUUUCUGAACUUUUACCUUGGCAUUUACGAGCAACAUUUUGAUACCCUCAUUGCAUUUGUUUCGGUUGGGCGGGAUUAUGUUUGUGUUUACCUCUAUGGGAUAGAGAGCGUUUUGGGUAUAGGUGGUGGUCCGGUCGGUGCCAUCCAUGUGGAUAAUGACACUUUACUUUCCUGAUAAUUACGAUGCUACAUACGGGAAGCGGGAGCCCAUUUCAUGGGAUAUCAAAUAAAG